UCCGGUCAUCCUUGGCGGGGAAAUAACUUUGAAAAUAAGCGUUAGGCCGUGGUUACGAAACGGAGCGAAAGGACGCCGUUCCGAGUCUGAUUAAAAAGGCGGAUUCCACUUUUCUCUUCAACUGUUUAGAAAGAGAGAAGCUGAAAGGGUUGCAAAGAGAUCAUCAGUAGAAAAAUGGAGAAAAACGCAGAGACACCUGUGCCUAGGGUAGCUGUGGUAGUCUUCUUGUUGAAGGGCAAAUCGGUGCUGUUGGGGCGGCGUCGCUCCUCCAUCGGUGACUCUACCUUUGCACUUCCCGGCGGUCACUUAGAGUUUGGGGAGAGCUUUGAGGAAUGCGGGGCAAGAGAGAUGAAGGAGGAAACAGGUUUGGAUAUUUCCAAAAUAGAAUUUCUAACGGUUACCAACAGCCUCUACCUGGAGGAGCCAAGGCCAUCACAUUAUGUUACCAUCUUUCUUCGUGCAAUCUUGGCCGACCCCAAUCAAGUGCCCCAAAAUCUUGAGCCUGAGAAGUGCUAUGGUUGGGAUUGGUAUGAUUGGGACAAACUCCCAAAACCUUUGUUGGGGCCUUUGGAAAAAAUGGCACAAAGUGGCUUCAAUCCUUUCCCCACUGACUAUAAUAUUUGAUGACGGGACGGAUAGUGUUCUAUAUUUGCCUCGUCACUAGCUUCAAAGUUAAGACUUUUUGGUAUCUGUAUCGGAUUUAAUACAUUAACUUGAUUACUUCUGCUGAGCCUGAAUCUUUUUGUUGAGUUAUAUGAAAGGGCCUGCAAAGUGCAAAGUUUUCUGUUAA